AUGAUCUACGAGACUCCACAAGUUCAAGUAGGUCUUGCACUCAUCGAAAAUGAAGAGGCACUGAAGAGGUGGGCGAUGGUCACUGAAGAAGAGUGCAAGGCUCGCUAUUACGCUGCGAAGCGGAACUAUAAGCUGACAAUGGAUCGCUAUGGAUUAUACGGUGAUGCAGACACGUGCAAAAAAAAGGGCAAAUCGAUCUCAUCUCUUUUAUAUACUCCUGAGGGGUAUAUUGAAUUCGGUUCCUGCUUUAGACCCGAGGAUUCCACCGAGUCGAGUGAAUUGGAGGAGUUAAACAAGGAACUCCGAGAGCUUGCUCAGAGCCGCGGCUUCAGCAAUCGAUAUGGAAAGACGCUUCUCUCACUGAUUCAGCGCCAGCGGGAGGAAUAUAAAGAUAUCAUAACUUUGCAAAACGCUGGCUUUUGUCGGCUAGCGAAGCAAUAUUACAAUCUCACAUACGGUGUGGUGAACAACUUCAUAUUGUCGGAGGUGAAGGCGCGCAAGCAGAUUGAGGAUUUGGAGAUGGCUGAGGGUGUGGCGCUCAUGAAAAUGCUGCGGGAAUGUAUUUCUGAGUGUGAGGAGCGAAUCAUUCGGCGCACCUUCGGGGAAGGCCGUUUAAUAAAGGAAUCUGAUGAGGAGGAGGAGAGCGGUCCGCCAGUGUUGGAUAGCAUGUAUGCGGUUCCGCUCUCGCAAAGAGUGAUGGUGAUUCGUGAGGAAACGAUGUCGGAGGAAUCGAUUGCUUUUAGUAAUCUUCAAUUGGCGAUGUUAACUCAGGCCGAUCUCUUCACGAGGGAGCUAUUGUGGCGUAACGCAAUCACUGGUACUUUGCAACGGGUUCCAGGCGCAACGAUUCCCUUUCACUUUCGUGAUUCAGUCGCAUACGCCUUCAAGUCCGAGGGUCUUUGCAUUACUCUUGACGAAGAAACAGAACGUAUGAUUAUCAUUGAACAAGAGCAACAGGAGAUCGAAAUGCUAUUCAGUUUAUGCCACCCUGAGGUCGCUAUGGAAGAAUCUAAGCAGAAGAACGCUAUCGACACAGCGAAGACGGUGUAAAACGAAGGAUGCUUUGAACCUUGUAGCUUUCCCUAUGGUUCGAUUCGAUUGAUUAUGUAUGCAUUUAUGCUUAUGAUUUUAUUAUUGUUACUUGGCAUUUUUCGUAUGACAAUGCAUAUUUCAUUGUAUAUUAGUUUUCUAGUUUUAUAUUGUGAGAUAAACAGUUUAAAGGACUUUAUGUUUUUUUCUAUAGUAUUGCAUUUCUGUAUGGAUUCAUUGUUUGUUAUAAAGUGUUCAAUUACAGGUUAACCUUAGAGAGAUAUUCUUUCUCAAUUUCCAUGUUUAAUUUCAAAUUCGUACUAUAUUAAUGUUCAUUGAUGUAAUUGACACGUGUUCUAGAUGUACAAUAUGCAAUUAUGAUGUAUUUUGCGAUUAAACCAUGAAAGAAGAAGGUGGGAAUCGUCAACAUUCGUCCAAAGCGUAACUUCAAAUCGAUAUAAGGAGGAUGCUGUAUUAUAGUGAAUCUAUAGUUGUUUGGUAAAAAUAAUAGUUGCUAUUACAGCAGGUCCCAUUUGCCUUCUAUUUUCUUUCC